CUUGUCAUGAGUUGUUUUAUCUUGCAUAAUGUGGCUAAGCACCUUAAUGAUGAAGAUUUUGCUGUUGAUAUACCGGGAGAUGGCGAACAAGAAGAAAUCCAUGAUCAACAUGCUGCCGACUAUGCAGAUAGAGUGAUACGUCAGAGAGGUCAAUUUAGAAGAGAUGCAAUAUCAAGAAUUAUUCAUGGCUUUCGGGUCUAAAAGGCUCCUUACUGGGCCCGGCUUUCAUUGUGGUAGCUUUCAGUACUGGUCCUGAACUUCCAGAUGCUUCUUCGGUGAUUGUUUUUUCUUCAGCACAGGCUGUUGGAGUGUAAUCAACGCUUUUUUGUGGGCAACCUGCGACAACAGCACCUAAAAUUUAAAAUAUAUGCUAUGUAUAUUUAUUGACAUAUAUGUAUAUUAUACUCAAUCACAGAUUAUACCUACUGUAUGGAAAAACAAAAAAAUACAACUAACAUUGCAAUCGAG